AUGGCAGCCCUCCACAGACUGGCUGGCCGGGCGGCCAAGCGCCUGAGCCUGGCAUCGACGACGCCGACGACAGCCACGCCGACGAGGAGCCGUCCCCUGUCAACGACGUGCCUGCGCAGGUACGCCGCGCCCGAGCCCAUGGGCACCCGUCUCGUCCCCGUCGACGACGACCUGGGCCACCCGCACGACCCUUACGGCAUGUCGCGCCAGCUGCCCGGCGCCACCAAGAAGUCUCGCGAGAACUCGGUCGAGGACCGCAAGGUCCGGCACUACACGGUCAACUUUGGCCCGCAGCAUCCCGCAGCCCACGGCGUGCUGCGCCUCAUCCUCGAGCUCAACGGCGAGGAAAUCAUCCGCGCCGACCCUCACGUCGGCCUGCUGCACCGGGGUACCGAGAAGUUGAUUGAGUACAAGACCUAUCUCCAGGCCCUGCCCUACUUUGACCGCCUCGACUACGUCUCCAUGAUGACCAACGAGCAGUGCUUCUCGCUCGCCGUCGAGAAGCUGCUCAACAUCGAGAUCCCUGACCGCGCAAAGUACAUCCGCACCCUGUUUGGCGAGAUUACCCGUGUCCUCAACCACCUCAUGUCCGUCUUGUCUCAUGCCAUGGACGUUGGUGCUCUAACGCCCUUCUUGUGGGGCUUUGAAGAGCGAGAAAAGCUCAUGGAGUUUUACGAGCGCGUCUCCGGCGCCCGUCUUCACGCUGCCUACGUCCGCCCCGGCGGUGUCCAUCAGGAUAUCCCCGUCGGCCUGCUCGACGACAUCUACCAAUGGGCGACCCAGUUCGGUGACCGCAUCGACGAGACCGAGGAGAUGCUUACCGACAACCGCAUCUGGAUCGAGCGGUUGCGCGGCGUCGGCGUCGUCUCGGCCGCCGAGGCCCUCAACCUCUCCUUCACCGGCGUCAUGCUCCGCGGCUCCGGCGUGCCCUGGGACAUUCGCAAGAGCCAACCGUACGACGCCUACGACAAGGUCGAGUUUGACGUGCCCGUCGGCGUCCACGGCGACUGCUACGACCGCUACCUCUGCCGAAUGGAGGAGUUCCGCCAGUCUCUGCGCAUCAUUCACCAGUGCCUGAACCAGAUGCCCGCCGGUCCUGUCCGGGUCGAGGACUACAAGAUCUCGCCGCCCCCGCGCGCCGCCAUGAAGGAGAACAUGGAGGCCCUGAUCCACCAUUUCCUCCUCUACACAAAGGGCUACGCAGUGCCUCCCGGCGAAACGUACUCGGUCAUCGAGGCACCCAAGGGCGAGAUGGGCGUCUACGUCGUGAGCGAUGGCAGCGAGCGACCAUACAGAUGCCACAUCCGGGCACCUGGCUUUGCCCACCUGGCGGGCUUCGACCAUGUUUGCAAGGGCCACCUGCUGGCCGACGCCGUGGCGGUUAUCGGUACCAUGGAUCUGGUGUUUGGUGAGGUUGAUCGGUAG